UCAAUCAACCCGGAUUCAAUUUUAUUGCACCAAAAAGAUUUUCUUUUUUCAACCAAAUUUAAAAUAAAUAUCAAAGAAAAAAUAUCAACAGGCGAGGAAGGAAGAUCAGUAAAAAUUUGCUUUUUUUUGGAAAAAAAAAAAAGAGAAAAGGGAAAGAAAUGGCAAGAGCAGGAGGGAUAACGAACGCCGUAAACGUAGGGAUAGCGGUCCAAGCGGAUUGGGAGAAUCGCGAAUUCAUCUCUCACAUUUCCCUCAAUGUUCGUCGCCUAUUCGAAUUUCUCCUCCAAUUCGAGGCCACCACGAAGAGCAAACUAGCAUCAUUGAACGAGAAGCUCGACACCCUGGAACGUCGUUUGGAGCUUCUUGAAGUUCAAGUUGGAACUGCUUCCGCUAACCCUUCUCUUUUCAGAGACUGACAUCAAAUAAGCUAAGAAGAUGACUUAACCUGUGGUCAUACAAAAGCGGUUCAUCCUCAAGGAAACAAUUGAAGAAGAAUACUUGGAUCAAAGAAGCAAGUAAACACAGCAAACGGAGGCUAUGAACUAUUUUAAUCAAUAUAUACUAUGGAUCUAUGACCAUCUGGCAUGCACUGUCAUGUUUUUCUGUUCGAAAUAGAACUGAGGUUCAUGCUGAAUCUUUUCAUGUUGUGAUUCAUGCAGCUUAUAGUAUGCCCAGACAUUAUUUAAAUCUCUAUGUUGUAUUUGUUAAGGAGUGGAAAGGUGGGAGGAUAUUAUACUUUUUGAGCUACAGAAUAUGAAAUGAGGUGGUUCAACUAUCAGAUGAAAUUUUUCUUUGUUCUUUUCACCCUUUGUUACCUAAUGCACAGUUAAUUUGUGUUCUUUAGUGCUCAAUUUUGGGAUGUAUAAGACAUGAUAGAUAUUUCAUUUAUCACUAUGGACUAUUCAUACUAAAUGGAAUUGAGUAAAAUCGGAGACUUAAUUCGGUUAGCUUAUGUAGUCACUCUUAAGAGAUAAAAUUCAACAAGUUUAUAAAAUUCAACUGUCAACACCAUCAAUCUCUUCUUUUAUCCCGAAGUAUGGCUUUUUUUUAGGAAAAAAAUAGGUUAUAAAAUAAAAAAUAAAAUAGUAAUUCAUGUAGAGCUGAUCAGGCCUUGAA